ACCGAUCCGAUGGAAGUUGGACCGGAACUGUGCUUUUGGACGGACAGUUCAACGGAGUUGAACAAGGCACCUCUGCUCACGUUUACUCAACCGAGUCAUGUCAAUCACACUCGCCCCUAUAUGGGCCACGGUUUGGCUGGUGUUGUACUCGAACUGGAGAGUGAUAGCGAGUUGGACGAAGAUUCCAGUAGGCGUUGGAACGAGGAAAUCAUCAAAGUUACCGGUGAGGAUUUGAUUGAACUUGAGCCGUCGAGUCCGGUCGCUCUUGAUCGACUGCACCCGGAAUCGGUGAAAUGUGUAAACGUGAUACGGCCUCACACACAUUGCACGGCAAGCUCCCCAACAUCGUCUAGCUCGGGGCCCGUCGAGACGGCUUCUCCCGCCAUUCUCGCUCAGAGUAUAUCCAGCUCGCUGAAUGAAUCGGCCAGCGGCCAGAGUACCGUGAACACAACACCUGCGACUACUAUGGAUUCUGACAAUGAGGCAGGCAAAUCGACAUCGAACGAAUCCACCGGUCAACUGGAGCAAACAAGGCAGCAUGUAGUUUUCCCGAACCAAACCUCAGUCAAUUGUCCUCUGUGUGAACGAACAUUUGUGAAUUUUCGUUCACGAAAUAUUCACAUGAACAAAACGCAUUCGGUUAAAACCAAUCCCUCCGGUCGCCAAUCAUCUCGUAAAGUGCCAACUACUCCAUUGACUGUGGACACGGCGACAGAGACCUUGUCUCCAACGCACAGCAGCCCAACGGGAUUGGCAAGUGUCCAGUCACUUCCUCAGUCGAAUAGCAGUCCUCAUCCAACCGUCACAGAAGACUCUGCCCAAUCCGCUCCGGCAGAGUCGAGCAUCAGCGACUGCCAACUUGCGUCUGCGCCAAAGGAUCUGGUCACAGAACCAAACAAUCCGGGACAGAAAUCGCGUCCGGUCUAUACGGUUUCCUCACCACCGCCAGGUUCACCAAGUAAGAUUGCUCUUCAUGAGAUUGUUGUUGUAUCGCUCGCUCACUCGAUCAGUUCCACCGAAACGAGUCUUGAUCACACUCCGGAACCGAAUCCAACCACCGGUUCGAACACAGAAAGUCAUUCGACCAUGGAUUCCGAAUGCACAGAGCCUGCACGACAGGUGUCCAUUACUGGGCAUUACAAAUCGCAUUAUAAUGCCACACAGAAACCAUACAUGUGUGAAGAUUGUGGGCAACGAUACACCUCACCAAGCAAUUUACACUAUCAUCGUGCCCGUUCCUGUCCGGUGUUGAAAUUAAAAGCCUCGCAGUUGAAUCAAGCACUGGGUGUGAACGAGGACACAGGUAGCAAAUCGGACAAAUCAACUGUUACAGUUAAUUCUCAACGUUCCACACCCAACACUCGUGUUGGGAAACGGGCUAAUCCAUUCAUUUGGAAACAACCGAGUGUCCCUUGUCAGUCGGGAGCACAAAUGACGAUGCGCAUCGAUCAAAAAGCUGCCGAUCAGUCGCACGAGUUGUCCCGCUCCGCCGACACCAGUGUGUUCACUGCACCAUCAAAAAAAGCUCGAUCCACCCGUCGGGCUAAUUCUUUACUCGCAGCACCAUGUCCUCCCACCGACACCUAUUUCACUAAACCACUUUGUUCAGCCGUGUUCAAUCAAUUAGAAAACACGAACAGCACGGAACUGAGCACUCGCUUUCCAGAGAAAUCCAAGUCAGAUGAAACAGCAGCAUCAACUAUUCAGGCCCAAUUACAACAAGUAAUUGAACAAGCGUGUCAAUCGGAAGAGUUACGUCAAAAAAUUUUAACUCUGACCUCUGCUGCGAUUGUCUCCGCUCUCAGUCCUCUCGCCUCAGAUCGAUCACAUCAUUUGCAAACAUUCGUUGAGGAAUUGGUUCGUUUGACAAGGCUCGCCGAGUUGAAUAAUUCCCCACAGUCGACUAGAACAACAACAACAACCGAGCAUCGUCCUCAUUCCUUCUCGUCCCCCUCCUCGUCGGAGUCGAACCCCAGUCACCUAGCCACUUCAACCGAUCCGAACCGGCACAACGCUGAGGUGGGUCUAUCUAGCACCGAUCGCGAACAACUAGGUGCACAAUUGAAUCGUCAACAUAUUCCGGUGAGCACUCCAAUCCGCACCCAUGGCCCUGGUUCCGUGCAAAAAAACAUUUGGGAAUUUCGGGACGAUCAUUCGGAAGCUUCAGCUGGUGGUGGUACUAGUACUAAUUCUCAGUCCACUGAAACCAGUAAAACUGCCUAUUCGCAGAUCGCGCUCAGUCAGCACUUGGAUGCUUUAUUUUCCGGCAUUGUUUCUUCGUCCGCCACGUCAAAAACGACGAACGUGAUUGCGCGUUCUGUUUCCUCUCCAACCCCUCAAUCGUCCAGAAUGUCUCGUUCUCGGGCGGAUUCACGUCCCGCCAUUCCAGUUCAGUGCCCGGAAUGUGACCGUUGUUUUUCCAGCCAUGCAGCGUGUCGUGUUCACGUUACCAAGUCCCAUCAAAAUUCCCGAUCUGGAGCUGGUGGUCAGGCGACGGGCAUCAAUUUGGCCGGCAAUACGCUGCUCAAAUCGAACUGGCGGGAAGUUUGUCCACGUUGA